UAUUUCCAGGGCUGGCUGCCCGUCCAUGUGAAGCCCUGCCUUCUGAGAUGAGAUAGAACCAUCUGCCGGAUUACAGCCUAUACGCAGCCAGUGAGGCUUUUAUUCAGUUUGAAUGAGGAAAACACCGUGUCUGUCUGUCUGUCUGAAAGCUGUCACAUGGGGCCAAGGAGGAAAAAAAAUCGCUUCCUGAAAUGAUCCUCGUCACUGGCUGUGUAUUGUUUUGGUUUUUCUCCCUCUAACCCAACAUCGCAUCGCGUUUUAAUUUUCCGUCCACUUCUGUUUUUUUGGGCCGAGGUGUCGAGCGCCGAUGAUGAUCAGUAAAGUUAAAAACGCCAUGUCCACUCUGGUGGGAGGGAUGAUGCCGCACGGACACCACCACCACAACCAUCACUCAGGUGGUGGCCAGACCUGCGGACCGGACAGCCUGCCGCCGCGCUUCCCCUACGGCCGGCCGGAUUUCUUGGACCUCACCCCGGAGCUCCUGCAGUACUCCACCGAGCACGCAUCGCGGCCGGUGCUCACGUUAAAGAGAGACAGCAGGCUUCCCUGGCGGACGGGAUACGCAGAGGUGAUCAAUGCGGGGAAGAGCAUGCUGAACGAGGACCAGGCCUCUUGUGAGAAGUUGUUCGUGAAGAAGCCGAGCGGCAAACACCGCAAUUCUACUCUGCAGGAGGACAACGGGGAUGGCACAGGAAUCCCUCUUCACUUUUGGGGCGUGUUUGAUGGACAUGCAGGUUCUGGAGCCGCCAUCAUGGCCUCCAAGCUUCUUCACCGCCUCAUCAGAGACCGUUUGGGAGAAAUCUGUCACCUGCUGGAGAAUCCCAACAAUGUUCCUCCCAUCUGCCUGGCAAAGAACGGCAGCCCGUACCAGGCGGAGACGAAGAAGGGAGCAGCACAGGAACCAGAAGACCCAGAUGCUGUCACCGACUCCUCAGUACGCUUUCACAUGGAGAAGGUUGUGAGCUUGGAGAGCCUGGUGAUGGGAGUCAUAGAGACCGCCUUCUCACAGAUGGAUGACCUAAUUGAAAAGGAAAAAACAUCAUAUGCCAUCUCCGGUGGGUGUUGUGCCUUAGCUGCCAUUCAUUUGAUGGGGAAACUCUACGUAGCCAAUGCUGGAGAUAGCAGGGCCAUAAUCAUACGAAAUAAUGAAGUGAUUCCCAUGACAAAUGAAUUCACACCUGAGUCUGAGAGACAGCGGCUACAGUAUCUGGGCUUCCUGAGGCCAGAGCUCCUGGGUAACGAGUUCACUCACAUUGAGUUCCCGCGUAGGAUCCAGCACAGUGAGCUGGGCAAAAAGAUGCUCUACAGAGACCACAGCAUGACCGGCUGGGCUUAUAAGACAAUCGUUGAAGACGAUUUGAAAUUCCCCUUGAUAUAUGGAGAGGGCAAGAAGGCACGUGUCAUGGCGACAAUCGGAGUGACCCGUGGGCUGGGAGAUCAUGACCUGAAGGUGUACAACUCCAACAUUUACAUCAAGCCCUUCCUCUCAUGCGUCCCUGAGGUGAAGGUUUAUAACGUGGAUGAAAACAAACACGGCCCAGACGACGUCUUGGUCAUGGGCACAGAUGGAUUGUGGGACGUGACGACGGACAGGGAAGUGGCAGAUGCUGUGUCAGCCUACUUAUCCUGCUGUGACCCCUCUGAUCCCAUGAGGUAUACACUGGCAGCCCAGGACCUGCUGAUGAGAUCACGAGGGGUGCUUAAAGAGCGCGGAUGGCGGCUACCCAAUGAUAAACUGGGAUCAGGCGAUGACAUCACUGUCUUUGUCAUCCCACUGGCGGAGCACGAGUCAGAGACAUGACGGGGUGCUGCCGCGACCGCUAUGACUUUAGGGUCCUUCCAAGCUCCCUAAACCCUGGACUGACGGAGGGAGGGGGGAAAAGAAAACACCUUUGUCAUAGAGGAGACUCGGGUCUAAGCAGCACCUUCAUCAACCCACCAGACUGGACCCAGUCCCAGCCGCUUCACUUCAACCCAGUCCUGUAACAAAAUAUUUUCAGUGACAGUAUAAGAGAAGUCACACUCUUUCUCCCUGCUGUUUGUGACGGUUGCCAGUGAGAAUUAAAACCUGUGUAGUAUUUUUCUUUCCUCUUUUACGUUCAAGGCUGAACCGCUACUCAAAUCAUUUGAAUGGAUUGUUCAUUUUCAUGUCAUAAACUAAAUGUGACUCUGUUUUGUAAAAAAAAAAAAAAAACACAAAACAAAACAAGAUGACAGUCAUACAUUGUAAAGGGAUUUGCAGAAAAGAAUGUGAGGAAACCAAAGAGAUGGCAUAAGAAUGGAAAUAUGGAAAUCUGUAAAAACUGAACACAUAAAAUGCAAAACAAAACAAAAAAAAUCAUUAGAUUCAUGUCUGUACAUUAAAGAAGCAUGUAGGAAGUCAAAAACAGAGGAAUGGACCUUUUUUCAGCACUGGACCUAAACAGAAUCAGUUGAGUCUUUGUUGCUGUACUUCCUUUCUUAACGAUGAAUGAAUGACGACACCUUAGGCACUGUUGCACAUGUUCUGUGGUAGCCUGUUGAUUUGUGAUAUGUUUUUAUUGAAUGUGCUCAUAGAGGGCUUGUUUUAUUCUCAUUUACUCUCAUUACAAUAAAGGGGACAGAGAAUUAUCCCUGUGUUUAGUACAAAAAAAAAUAAUAAUAAUAAUUAUAAUGAAGGAAGAGGAUCAUUUGUUUAAUUUAACAACAUGUUUUCAUUAUUUAACCCUCGGAGGAGAAAGUCAUCCGUUCUCAGUAAAUGUCUCGGUAUAGUAAGAUGUGAUAAGCUUCACACAUAUGCCUUAUUAAGAGAUGAAAGGGACUUUUCAAGAGUUUUUUUUCUUCAGAUGCACUAAAUUUGAACCUUGUAGAAGUGGCAAAGAACAUUGUAUGCCCUUAAAUGUACCAUAUACCUCUUUUGUACCAUUUUUGUUAUGUCAUGUUGUUAUUUAGAUUAUCCAUAUAUUUUUAAAGCUGUUUCAGAAGUUUUAUUUUUAUGUUUCUAUCCAUUACGGUUUGUUUAGAGGGAUGGUGUGAGCUACCAAAAUGUGAGGUAGAGGGAUAACGUGUACCAGUUUAGAAAUAAAUCAGAUUUUUCCCAUUCAA